CAAUCGCAGCCGCCUCCGAUUCACCUUCACUACCCGCCCCCCGUGAGCGGCGACGGAGCGACCCCGCGCCCCGCCCCGGUGUCCCACCAGGCUCCGCCCGUGUCCCACCUCAGGACCAACGGCCUCAUGCUGGAUGACAUGAGAGGAGGGGCCAACGCCAAGAGGAGGCCUGGAGGGGCGGGCACCAGGGAGGUCCACAACAAGCUGGAGCAGAACAGGCGCGCUCACCUGAAGGAAUGUUUCGAGACGCUGAAGAAGAACGUCCCCAACGUGGACGACAAGAAGACGUCCAACCUCAGCGUCCUGCGCAGCGCCUUGCGCUACAUCCAGACGCUGAAGCGCAAGGAGAAGGAGUACGAGCACGAGAUGGAGCGGCUGGCCCGGGAGAAGAUCGCCACCCAGCAGCGUUUGGCCGAGCUGAAGAAGGAGCUGAGUCAGCGGAUGGACGCGCUGGAGAUCGAACGCCUCAUCCGGCAAAGCGUCCAGCCCGAAGACGACCAGGCGUCCACCUCCACCGCUUCGGAAGGCGAAGACAACGUGGAGCAGGACGGCGACAAGGACGUCUCCCCCUCGGGCCCCGCCGCCGCCCAGCCGGCCGCGUCGCACCCUUCCGUCAUCCAGGCGGUCAGCCACGCCAAUCACAAGCACCUCCCGCACAUCGCCCCCUCGCCCGGCCCCGCCCCCAUCGGCCACAUCACGGUGCACCCGGUGGCGCGGCUGGGGGCGCUGCCCGCCCUGUACCCGCAGGGGGUGUCGGUGUCGCAGCCCGCCGACUUCUCCUUCCCGAGAAGACGGAAGCCUCGCCGACGCCAUCAGGCGGGCGGCGGCGGCGGCGCGCUGAGCCAGCAGGCGGCGGCGGCGCUGGGGAAACCCACCGCCGUGCUGGCGCCCCACCCCCAGCUGGUGGGCCAGGCGGCCGUCACCAUGGUAACGGUGCCCACCUUCCCCGUCAGCACCAUCAAACUGGCCUGAACGCUGCCGACGCGGCCGGACGCGUUUGGACAGCUUCCGAUCUUCUUGGGACCAGACGACGCCGCCAAAAACAAAGGGGAAUGGACGGCCUUUUUUUUUUUUAGCCUGCAUCACUGUGCUCAGGCCAAAAGCCCC